AAAGCAGUAGAGUAGAGUCAUUUCAGAGAGUUGCGUGGCCAGCAGCCAGCCAGCUUGCUCUCUUCUCUGCUUGCGAGCUUGCAGCCUCAGCCAUGGCGUCUCACUCUGCAAUUAACGAACUCUAUAAUUCUUCCAAAUUGAUUCCGUGUGUUUUCCCACUUUUCCGCAUCGUUAUCCUUUUGCUUUCUAUGUCAUCGGCUGACUGUUCUACGCACAUCCCCGACGGGUUAAAGGGUCCCAAGAAUGAUUUGUUUCCUGAAAUUCUAAGAGAUGAGGCCGUAGCAAGAAUUUACGAGCUCGGAAAGGUAAGUGAUGGCCAUGGGUAUCUGGAGAGGACUUUCUUGAGCCCAGCUUCCAUCAGGGCUGGGAAUCUUAUCAGAACGUGGAUGGAGGAUGCUGGUUUGACAACGUGGGUGGAUGGAUUGGGGAAUGUGCAUGGUAGAGUUCAACCACCAAAUGCUAGCAACAAGGCUCUUCUAAUCGGUUCUCAUUUGGAUACUGUUGUUGAUGCUGGAAGGUCAAGGUAUCUACAACAUCCGGUUGAGGUAAUUGCGUUUAGUGAUGAAGAAGGAGUUAGGUUUCAAUCUACAUUUCUAGGAAGUGCAGCUCUUGCAGGGGUACUUCCUGCUUCAACAUUGCAGGUACCUGACAAAAGUGGCUUGACAGUGCAAAAUGUUUUAAAAGAGAACUUGAUAGACACUACAGAAGAAAACCUCAGUCAGAUCAAAUACGAACCUGAGUCUGUUUUGGGCUAUGUGGAGGUUCACAUCGAACAGGGACCUGUACUUGAAUCAAUUGGUCUUCCUCUUGCUGUGGUAAAAGGUAUUGCUGGACAGACACGGUUAAAGCUGACAGUGAGAGGAUCACAAGGACAUGCUGGAACAGUUCCCAUGUCGAUGCGCCAAGACCCUAUGGUUGCUGCAGCUGAAUUAAUUGUAUUAUUAGAAAGCCUAUGUAAACACCCACAGGAUUUUAUUUCAAGUAAUGGGCACUGCAAUGCCUUCUCCAUUGAAUCUCUUUCAGGAUCACUUGUUUGUACAGUUGGUGAGAUAUCAACCUGGCCCAGUGCAAGUAAUGUCAUACCAGGCCAGGUAUCAUUUACUAUAGAUAUCCGUACUAUAGAUGACAUAGGAAGGGAGGCCAUCAUAUACGAAUUGUCAAAUCAGAUGCAUAGAAUAUGUGAUGGUCGUUCUGUUUCUUGCUUCCUGGACCGUAAGCAUGAUGCAGAUGCUGUAAAUUGUGAUGGUGGAUUAAAUUCACAGCUGAAAUCUGCUACCUACACUGCUUUGAAGAGAAUGACGGGUGAAGAUAUUGGUGAUGUGCCAGUACUCAUGAGUGGUGCAGGCCAUGAUGCAAUGGCCAUGUCUCAUUUGACCAAGGUUGGUAUGCUAUUUGUUAGGUGUCGUGGAGGGAUUAGUCAUUCCCCAGAAGAGCAUGAUUCCAUUCCCCUCCCUAUAAACUGUAGCAAAAUAAUAUUUAGAAGAUGGUUAAAAAAUGAUGGCGCACGCAGUGGGGAAAUUGAAGAAAAAAAGAAAAUAAUCCAUUGGCAAGUUUCUACAAAGAUGAGAAUUAACGAGAAACUUUAUUAUCUCUUUUACACCAUGUUCCCGAGUUCAACUUAGCGAGAGAAAGGAAAGGAAAUUAGUGGAAAUGAGAAGAAAAUAAAAGAGAUUGGUGUUCCCGAGUUUCAUUAAAGGAAAGAAGUGGAAGGAAGUGGAGGGAAAUGGAAGGAUCACUUUCUCACCUAACUUUCCUUCCGAUUUGGGAGGAUUUGGAAAGAAAGAACAAAAUGAUUCAUUUUCCUUCCACUUUUCUCAAACUCAGGAACACGAAAGAAAAUUUUGUUUUCCU